AUGGGUAAAGUUCUUUUGACUGGAGGCAGUGGCUUCAUUGCCGCCCAUAUCGUCGAUAUCCUACUUGCACAUGGCUUUGACACCGUAGUUACCGUCAGGUCCGACGAGAAGGGCCAAAGAAUUCUCAAAGCCCAUCCCGACGCAUCGAAGGAGAAACUUUCUUAUGUCAUCGUCAAAGAUGUUGCGGCAGAAGGAGCCUUUGAUGAAGCUGUCAAGUCCGACCCACCAUUCGACUAUGUUCUGCAUACUGCCUCUCCCUUUCACUUCAAUGUUCAAGAUCCCGUGAAGGACUUCUUGGACCCAGCUAUCAAGGGGACCACGGGUAUUUUGAAGGCCAUCAAGGCCUAUGCUCCGGCGGUCAAGAGAGUCGUGGUGACCUCUUCUUUCGCUGCGAUCAUCAACCCCCAGAAGCAUGCGGAGGUGUACAGCGAGAAGAACUGGAACCCAGUUACUUGGGAGGAGGCCCUGGAUUCCUCUCAGACCUACCGCGCGAGCAAGACAUUCGCAGAAAAGGCAGCCUGGGACUUUGUUGAAAAGGAGAAGCCGGGCUUCGACAUCGCAACGAUCAACCCGCCUCUUGUCUUCGGGCCAGUCGUGCACUACUUGAACUCCUUGGACGCCAUCAACACUUCAAACCAGCGCAUCAGUAACUUGAUCCAGGGUAAUUAUAAAGACGGUCUUCCCCCCACCGCCACAUUCCUCUGGGUGGAUGUUCGCGACGUCGCACUGGCCCAUGUGAGGGCUAUCGAGGUCCCCGAAGCCGGUGGCCAACGAUUCUUUGUCACCUCCGGCUCGUACUCGAAUAAAGACGUCGCUGAUGUGGUGCGGAAAGCUUUCCCUGAGCUAGAAGACAAGCUUCCCCCGAGAGAUGCCCCGAGCGACAAGCCAGCAGACGUUUAUGGAUAUGACAACAAGAAAUCCAUUGAGGUCUUGGGUAUCCAGUACCGGUCUUUGGAAGAGUCUGUCACCGAUACCGCCAAAUCAUUGCUUUCGAUUGGGGCAUGAAACAAAUAUAUGUACAUACUAUAGGCAUAAGUUUGCAGGCUUUGGAGAUGUUGGAAAACCAGGAGCAUGGAAAACGAUAUGUACAUAUGUGAAAGAACACUUAGUAUCCACUAAACUGGCGGAGAAAAAAGCUGCGCAGUGUGUUGUUGUGGGUCGCCGUAUCACGUGGCUUGGCGCGCCUCUUAGUUGAAUGUCUA